AUGGCAAAAGUGUUCUUCACACCCUGGAAGGACCAUUCCCAGUUACUCACUGUCCGGAGUCAAUUCUACCCACCGCCAGCCUAUGAUGGUCCGGAUUUGCGCUCCAGGGCCUGCGCUACGGUUGGAGUUUGGAAACUCCGUGGCAACCUCCCACAUCCGGUUGAGGCUACUGCCUUAUUAACGGACGCGAUUCUUCACGACGAUGCUCAGAGAAACUCCAUAUUCUCGAUUCGAGCGACCUACUCGGCUGCUUUUUGUCGAUUCGUGACGGGGCUCGUUGACUCGAAACUCCAUGGACAGAGAAAGACCAUGUUUCAACGAGCGAUUGACCUCGGGCUCCCAGCAUCGUUUGUUGAGCUGCGCCACGAGGCUACCCAUCGAGAGUUGCCAUCUCUUGUGGUAUUGCGCAAUGCGACGCAGCGCUCAUUAGAGUGGCUCUGGGACUAUUACUGGGCCAAGACAGACUCUGAUGUUGCGCUUGUGUCUGGAAGGCCUGCGUCUGCGGUCUUUAACGGUGCCGAGGAUGCCAAUGUGGAAGAAAUCAAGAGCGUCGUCAGGACUGCCCUCGCGCAUCCAGCGAGCCAGGGAGACCUUUCAGAGCCACCACGGAAGAAGAGGAAGUCAGAUCAGCACUCGUCUUUCCUUGCGGCGCAGCUGGUAGCGAUAUGCAAGGCGUCUAGGAGGAGUCCCCAUUCACUUUCCCGAGUCCUCAUUGAGGAUUCGAUUAUUGUGCCGAAGGGACGAAAGCUCGGCGAUUCCAUGGAUGAAGCAUUCGCCAAGUGGGACAAGUCACUGCAGACGGUGGCGGCAGGACACUUUAGUUUUUUACCAGCCCUGACCGAGGGAUUGGUCAAUGACCUGGCAUUCACGAGUCGACCGAAUGCAAAGAAUGAUCCCCAGUGCGAGGCGAUCUAUAUGUGGCUGGACCACAUUUUGAAAUCAGCACAGUGGAGUACAGCACGGCAGUCGCUUUCGCUAGCAUACAUUCUCACCGUCUGCGAACAAAGUUCGAACCACUGGAUAGAUCUGCUAAAGGUCGCUGUUCGCUCGGGGGAUAAUGAUUUGCCUCCUCUUGCUAGAGAUCAGAGUAACGCUCCAGCUCGACCGCAAAAUGGGUCUGAAAGUACGACACAUGCCCUCCACACCGAAGAUGUUCUACAAGGGCUGCAAAAAUUCGGCGUCACCCCGCAUUUUCUCUCUCUCUUUACACUCAUCGUCAAUGAACUUCGUCAGAGCGAUUCGACCGUACUGUGGAUCUCGAUACUCAAGGGCACACCAAAUCAGAAACAUGCAUAUACAGUCGAUUCCUAUGUAUAUUGUGCAGGGACCGGGAAGGGCAAUAACUAUGCCUACCUUGUGACGGACGAGCCGACAAAAGAGUCCGUCAUCAUCGACCCGGCUAAUCCGCCAGAAGUAACUCCAGAGCUUGAUGCUCAGGUCAAGCCGGGCAAGAUCAAACUCAAAGCCAUCGUCAACACGCAUCAUCACUGGGAUCAUGCUGGUGGCAACGAUGAGAUGCUGAAACAUUUUGGUAAACUCCCAGUCAUCGGAGGGAAAAACUGCCAAUCAGUCACUCAGACUCCUGCACACGGGGAGACAUUUAAGAUUGGAGAGCGGAUCUCCGUCAAAGCACUACACACCCCCUGCCAUACUCAAGAUAGCAUCUGCUAUUAUAUGCAGGAUGGGGACGAAAAGGUGGUGUUUACAGGUGACACCUUGUUCAUUGCAGGGUGUGGUCGCUUUUUCGAGGGAAAUGCUCAAGAGAUGCACAAAGCGUUGAACGAGACUCUUGCUUCGCUCCCUGAUGACACCAGAGUCUAUCCCGGCCAUGAGUACACCAAGAGUAACGUCAAGUUCUGUCUUGCUGUGUCUCAAUCAGAACCGAUUAAGAAGCUAGAAGCAUACGCAAAUCAGCAUCAACAGACCCAGGGCAAGUUUACUAUCGGAGACGAGAAGCUGCACAAUGUGUUCAUGAGAGUCAAUGAUCCUGAGAUUCAGAGAAAGACUGGAAAAACUGCCCCAGUGGAGGUGAUGGCAGCUUUAAGAGAGAUGAAGAACGCUAUCAGCUUCUCAAUAAAUCCUCCACCAUGCACACCGCUGCCACCGUCAACAAAGCACUGUUUCGCUGUCCCCAUCGGGGAUGUAGUCGAAGUUACCGGCGCAAAGAACACAUUACUCGGCACUCUGCGAGCCACAGUCAAGCGCCAGCCUGCGAGUGCCCGUUUUGCGACAAAGUCUUCUCCAGGAAUGACACUUUACGCCAACAUGUUCGGGAUCCCUUGCGAAGCAUGUUCACGGAGAGGUGUCCAAUGCUCCCUGUCGCAAUUGUCCUUGUCCCGUCAAGGGAAUGCGAAAAGUUCUCGAACUUUGGAUGCGGACAGCAGCAUCAGUGAACUUCAAGAUGAGCAGUAUGACCUGGAAGACCGCUCAACAACUGCUGAAGAUCGCAUAAACUCUACGUUCUCCUGGAGGAAAGCCAAUGUCCUGCAUCAGGAGCCUCCGAUUCUCUUGCAGUCUGUCGUCAUGUUGGGACUGUGGAUGACCGGGGACGAGGAGAUGCAGGAUCAUGCAGUCAAACUACAUGACAAGCUUAGUUCGUUAGUCUACGAACAACGAGACAAGUGGGCAGUCACAGAUUCAGAUUGCGAAGUCCAAGGGCCCUGGCCCAUGGCAACAUAUCAAGGCAUCCUUCUUCAGAUCAUUUUCGCCUUCCUCAAAGACACCCACAGUCAAGUUGACAUUCGACUCGCCCGAACCAUCCCUACGAGCUGCUCUCGUCUAUUAACGACACUGACUGACACUUGCCUUCGCAAAAACAUGUUCUUCUACCCGGAGAUCUUAGCCCAGUUCAGCCGCGACUCUGUUCCAGAUGUCUUCAUCUGGGUUGGCAUCGAGGAAGUCAAGCGCUUUGCACUCGCCCUCUACAGAGUUUGCAGGUCGUGUCAUAUACAAUGCAACGACAACCCUCGUAGAAGCCCUCACGGCGCCAACAGGGGAAGAAGUCUCCUGAACCUGGCAGACUUGCAGUUCGCAUUGCCUGACAGCGAUGAGCUCUGGCAUGCCAGCUCCGAUCUGGCGGCUCGGCUGGCAGAAGAUGGGCCCCUUUAUUAUGACAAUAACAACUCCGAGGCCAAUUGGAUUUCUCAUACUGCGUGCGCGGAGGGUACUGUCGGAGACGAGGAUGGGGUCCCGGGCUCGCCUCGCACCGUCAAAAGUCGUGUCCUGGAAAGCGGCGCCAGCAUGGUCCAGGAUUUUACGCCUAUCAAACAGAUCUGCGCUCAUCUCAAUGCAUUCCACGUCUACGCGUCGGAUACGACCAGAUGCGUGGAAGCGAAUCAUUACUACAUCAGGCAGUGUCUGUUAUACGAUUCCCCCAAGCCUAAUGCCCGAUUACUUGGAAUCGAGUACAUGAUUUCCCCGCGCUUAUUCGAGACGCUCCCCUCCGAGGAACGCAAACUAUGGCACACCCAUGACUAUGAGGUCAAAAGCGGCAUGCUGAUUAUGCCCGCUCCCGCCGGAAUGCCAAAGCCUGCCUGGGAAGCAGCAGAAACGUCAGAGAUGAGGGAUAUCAUUCCGCUGUACGGGAAAAUUUAUCAUUUCUGGCAGGUGGACAGGGGUGAUCCACUUCCCAUGGGAGCUCCAGAGCUCAUGCUUAGCUUCACGUCUGACGAGAGAGUCCGCUACGCUCAUCCAAAGGGUCUUGAGGGGUUACUUGCGGAGCGGGACGAGAGGUUCGGGGUGGAUUAUAAGGUCAAGGCGGAGAAGAGGAAGGAUAUCCCGUCACCCGAGUUGCAUCCCGAUGCCGACUUCAUGUGGAAGGGCAGAAAUGCUCUGACCUCACCGAUGGAACGACUAUUCCGCUCAGCGCUGAGACGCGCAACUCCCGGCGCCGUCUUCCGCUUCACGCUCGACGGCCUGGGCCUGUUCUGCGCAUGCACUCUGGUCUGGGAGCACCUCAUCACCGUGCAGCUCAGCGAAGGACCCUCUAUGUACCCCACCUUCAACCCGAGGGGCGACUACCUGAUGAUAUCGCGGGUGCACAAGUACGGCCGGGGGAUCGAAGUAGGCGAUGUGGUUCGGUUCUACCAUCCAACGUUCCUGGGAGUCAAUGGUGCGAAGAGGGUGUUGGGGAUGCCGGGGGAUUUUGUCUGCAGAGAUCUGCCGUUCAGUACGGAGGUUGGCACGAGUCAGGAGAUGAUACAGGUACCCGAAGGCCAUGUGUAUCUCGGCGGAGACAACCUUCCCUGGUCGAGGGAUUCGAGGAAUUACGGUCCUAUCCCUAUGGGAUUGAUCAACGGGAAGAUUAUCGCUCGUGUUUGGCCACCGUCGAAGAUACAAUGGGUGCAGAAUACUCUGCAGCCAGCUCAGUUGGAUGAGGAAUAG